ACAUGGCGGAUUUUAUUUAGUUACAUAGUAAAUAUGACCUAAAGACAGAUAUAACGUACAUCAAUGGAUUCAGUGACUUUAAUGUUCUGUUGUUUUGGUAGUUUUUCUUUGUUUUCACAUUCUGCUGCAAAACGGGUGGACGGUUUUAUUGAUACAAGAUACAGUGCGAACAAGGAGGAUUGGAUGUUUUUGACCCGUUUUUGCUUUUUGGAUAAAGGGAGAUUGGCAUACAACUUUUUUUAUCCUGUAGCCCAUGGAACACUAAGGAUUUUGUUCUACAGUGAUAAAGUCUGGUCGAAAGUCUACCCUUCUGAGAAGCCGUGUUUAGACAAGUUGGCCGUUCUAGUGAAGGAGGAAAACCACAUCCUGACUCUGGAGAUGGGUUAUUUCUCCGGCUGUUACCAGGUGCGACUGGUUCGAGGCACCAACCAGGAGGAGCUGUACUGGAACUGUUCAGGUUCUCGGGUAUUCCACACGAUUCGAGACACCUGGUGGUUCAUUGUCGCCUCCAAGUGUAACCCACACACGGAGAAAGGCAUGGUGCUGAAAUACUCCUUGCACCUGACUAACACAGAACCACAUGAAAAACUUUAUUACGAAUUCUCUGCCGAUGAAUUUAAUAUUCUGCCAACUGACAUCGCCUUUUGUUUGCUACAGCUUAUUAUUUGUGCUGUUUCAAUUAUAUUUGCAUCAAUGCUUAAGAAGCGUCAACUCUUCCACACGACGUUCAAGAUGUUUAUUGUUGCUGCGUUUCUGUGGCUUCUUCACAUCAUUCUGCUGAUCUAUGCAUACUCAAAGUACGCCUAUACUGGGCGAUCGGUGCGUGCAAUCAAAGCUGUAGCUCGCGUGACGUCGUCGGUUAGCGACAUCGUGUUUCUGCUGGUUGUACUGCUGAUGGGAAGCGGGUUCUCGAUCACCCGCGGCCGGCUGAGGCCGUAUGAAAAUAUCCUGCUUCUGUCCUUCACCUUUGUGUAUGUGUUCGUCUACGCCAUGCUGCUCAUCUGGGAGGAAACGAUGUUUGAUGAAGGCCUUGUUCUCUACAUCUAUGAGAGUGACGCGGGGUAUUGUUUGGUUGCCCUCCGUAUCAUCGCCUGGGUGACAUUCACUUACUUCGUCUACUACACGUACAUAGCCUACAGACGCAAGAGAAUAUUCUACGUCAACCUGUUUAUCUUCUACACCUUGUGGUUCUACUUGACCCCUGUGAUGAUAUUGAUCUCCAACCUGGCCCUCCCGCUGUGGAUGAGAGAGAAAACCGUCAACGGCAUCGAGCUCUUUAUCGGCGCCAUCGGACACGUCUUCUUCCUGGUGUUGACGAAUCCAAACGUAGCUAACAGAAACUUUCCAUUUCAUGUGAAAACUAGUCAGAUUGGUUUUCUCGUGACCCCGCCGGAACAUGAGCAGCUGGGUGAGAUCAAGUACAAGGUCGACCGCGGUCCCGACUUCACAGCUCUCUUCACCGUCUCACAGACUCACACCAAGCGCGCGGACAAACCUGUCGUCGUGGCGGACGUACCACCCACAGUUAAACAGCCAGCUGUGUUAGAUGGGGAACAAAGUGGCGAUAGUUUGUCAUGUGAAAACCGAGCUCGCGACAACACGAGUGAGUCUCACAGGCAGGAAAAUGAGCCACGCACGCCCAAUUACGCAGCCAUGUUUCAAGUGACGGGCCGAUCAAGAAACACAUAAAACGAAAACCAUAGACUGAAUUCAACUUUAACUAAUGAUAGCGUUGCAGCAGACAUAAUAUAUUGAGUCCGUUUGUGGAAAAAAGAAAACUGAUGAAUUAGGAUAUAACCAAAUUAAAAAUGCUUAAAAACGUAUAUAUAUAUAUAUAUAUAUUACAUACAGUGAAACAUGUUUUAAACUGGAUCGUCAGGGACCUAAUAUUCCCCACCACCUUCUCUCUCUCUCUCUCCACUCCCCCCCCCCUCCACCCCCCACCCUCUAAUAUUUAUACGAUUUAGACCGUUGUUUAGAGGGUCGCAUUUUAGAAUUUAAAAAAUUCGGGACCAUGAAAGAUGGCCAGUUUUGACAAGAUUCCAGAUUGUUCAGGAUGUGGUUUAGACAGGUUUAAACAGUAUUAAUUCAGUUUUAAAACCAUACCAAAUCUCAUAACUAAAAAAAAACCAAACCCCCAUCUUUCUUUCUAUUUUUUUUUUUUUUUUUUUUUUUUUACAUAUUUCUUUAUUACAUAACUUGAACAAAAUUGCCAUCUGUUCUUUUUACAAUGCCAAAAGCUUUCUGCUUUUUUUUUUUUUGUAUGUACACAGAAGAAGAAAAAUUGCCUAAUUUCAUAUUUAAUAUUCCUUAAAAUUUAUUUUUAUUUUAAACCAUUUUGGUUUAUUAUGCAUUUACGAUUGUUUAGUCUCAGAAUCUGGUUACACCAAAACGUUGGGCAACUGCACCCAGCAUAAAGCAUCCCAACUGCUCUUUUUUUUCUUCAGAUUUAAUAUUUAUUUUAAACCAUUUUGGUUUAUUAUGCAUUUACACUUGACUUACAUGUACUUAUUUACUUUUAUUUACAUUUUAUUAGAUUUUAUUCUAAUUUAUAUUGAUAUAUUACCUCAGCAUAUAGCCAUAUACAUUUUGUAACUACCAGUACUUUGGAAACCAGGCCCAGUGGUAGAGCGCUCGCUCGAUGCACGGUCAGUGUGGGAUCGAUCCCCGUUGGUGGGCCCAUUGAGCUAUUUCUCGUUCCUGCCUGUGCACCACGACUGGUAUAUCAAAGGUUGUGG